GCAGCGUUUUGUUUCGAGGACGGCGUUACCUCGCACCUAAAAUACUGAAAGAUGGAUUCGGACUUCUGCAGAUACGAGGUCUCCAGCUGUCAUAAAGGCGAUGAUGGGACGGUAAGUUUCAAGGUAGGUGCCCACUUUCUUUCGACUUGUUUGUUUCGUCUGUUAUCUUCUUUCUAUUUUAUCGUCCAUUGUGUUUUGGAUAGCUGGGACGGGUUCCUUAGAAACUUUUUGAAACUUCACGAUGAGGGUCAGCUUUCGUGCUUGCGGGCUAGUCCUGCUUACCGUCGCUGCAGAUGUUACAAGUGCGAUCAAGGUCGAUGUCCACGAUAUUGCAUCCAUCAAGGCGGCAGCCAGCAAGGUGGCAUACGGCCUGGCGAAGUUCUACACAGGCAAUGUCACCAACACCCCCGAAACCAUCGGCAUUCUAGGGCGUCCGUACUACUGGUGGGAAGGCGGCGCAAUGUGGGGAGCCUUCCUCGACUACUACCGCCUGACCGGCGACUCCUCGUACAACGACAUUGCCUACCAAGCCCUCGUCAGCCAAGUCGGCCCCAACCACGACUACAUGGUCCCCAUGUACUACAAAGAAGAAGGCAACGACGACCAAGCCUUCUGGGGCUUCGCCGCCAUGUCCGCCGCCGAGCAAGACUGGCGCGCCCCGCCCAGCCCCAUCCCCAGCUGGCUGCAACUAACCAUCAACCUGUGGAACACCCAAGCCGCGCGCUGGGACACGCUGCACUGCGGCGGCGGCCUGCGCUGGCAGAUCUUCGAGUACAACAACGGGUACACCUACAAAAACACCGUUUCCAACGGAGCCUUCUUCCAGCUCUCCGCCCGUCUCGCACGCUACACCGGUAACGCAACCUAUGCGGAAUGGGCUGGCAAGGUAUGGGACUGGACGCGCGAAAGCGGGCUCAUAGACGACCACUUCAACGUCUACGACGGUGCCGGCAUCGAAUCCAACUGCGUCGACAUCAACCGCAUGCAAUUCUCCUACUCUCCGGGCAUCUACCUCUACGGCGCCGCCACCAUGUACAACGCCACAUCCGGGAGCUCCUUAUGGCGCGAACGCACCCAGGGCCUCCUCGUCCGCACAAACGAGUGGUUCUUCACCCCCUUCCCCAACGCGACGGAUAUCAUGUGGGAAGUCCCCUGCGAGGGCAUCCAGGCCUGCAACUACGACAUGCUCUCCUUCAAAGCCUACCUCUCGCGCUUCAUGUGGGCGACCUCCAAAAUCGCCCCCUUCACCGCCCCCGCCAUCUCGCGCGUCCUGCGCGCCUCGGCCGCCGGCGCCGCAUUGGCAUGCGAUGGCUCGGAAACAGGGGAGCUCUGUGGCCAGAAGUGGUAUACGGGGACGAGCGACGAUAUCUUUGGGCCGGGACAGCAGAUGGCGGCGCUGGAGGUGCUGCAGGGGUUGUUGACGCCGCAGGCGGACGCGCCGUUGACGGCUAGGGGGGGGAAGUUGGUGACGAGUGCGUCGCCGGGUAAGGCGGUUGCUGGGGGGGAGGCCGUCGUGGGGGAUGUGCCGCCGGCGGUGCGGUGGAGGUUCCGGCGGUGA